AUGACCUUAGACGUCCUACAUUUUCUCGACAACAAGGGCGGCAAUGCCGAAGAAAUCCGUGAAUCGCAGCGAAAGCGCGGUCUCCCCGUCGAGAUCGUCGACGAGGUCAUUCAGAUGUACGUAGAUUGGGUGAAGAUGGACUUUGAGACCGCAAAUCUGAGCAAGCAAAUCAAUGCGAUACAGAAGGAGAUUGCUGCAAAAAAGAAGGCGAAGGAGAAUGCGGACGAGCUUGUAAACAAAAAGAAAGAGCUCGAUGCGCAAGUCGUCGCUAAGCGGGUGCAAUCCAAGGAGUUUGAGCAGAAAAUGCGACAGAAGGCCUCCACUGUCGGAAACAUCGUGGGCAAGGACGUCCCAGUCAGCAUGAAUGAGGACGACAACAGGACGGUCCGAAAAUGGCACCCGGAUGGCGAGGGUGCUGAGGUGCAGAAAAAGACCAACAUCAUGCCCCAUCACGAAGUGCUGCUCCGAUUAGAUGCGAUAGACCUUGAGCGAGGGGCCAAAACCAGCGGCCACCGAGGCUACUAUUUGACGAACGACGGCAUCGACCUUAACCAGGCGCUUAUCUCUUACGGUCUUGACUUCCUGCGCAAGCGAGGCUACAAGAAGAUCCAGCCGCCAUUCAUGAUGAACAAGGAUAUCAUGGCCAAGACCGCCCAGCUUGACCAAUUCGACGAGGAGUUGUACAAGGUAAUUGCCGACGACGACGAGAAGUACCUGAUCGCGACCUCUGAGCAGCCUAUAUCAGCAUUUCACUCGGAGGAGUGGUUCGACUCGCCCGAGACACAGCUCCCGAUCCGCUACGCAGGCUAUUCGACGUGCUUCCGCAAGGAGGCGGGCUCCGCUGGGCGCGACAUGUGGGGCAUCUUCCGUGUGCACCAGUUCGAGAAGGUCGAGCAAUUCUGCCUGACCGAGCCCGAGAAGAGCUGGGAGAUGUUCGACAAGAUGAUCGCCAACUCCGAGGCGUUUUACCAGAGCCUAAGCAUCCCAUAUCGCGUUGUCGCGAUAGUUUCUGGCGCGUUGAACCUUGCUGCCUCGCAGAAAUAUGAUUUGGAAGCAUGGUUCCCCUUCCAAGGCGCAUAUAAGGAGCUCGUGUCAUGCUCAAAUUGCACAGACUAUCAGAGCCGAAAGCUUGAAGUGCGCUGUGGUCUGAAGACCAAGGACCAGACGCGCAAAGUUUAUGUGCACAUGCUGAAUGGCACGCUCUGUGCCACCGAGCGCGCUCUUUGCUGCCUUGUCGAGAACUACCAGACGCCGGAUGGCUUGGUCAUUCCAGAGGUAUUGCGGCCGUAUAUACAAGGGCGCGACUUCCUUCCAUGGGUAAAGGAGCUGCCAAAGGGACUGCAGCGGAAACAGGCGUAG